AUGAAACACAGUCAUGCAAAGACACUGAGCUCUGGUAAGAGCUCACCUUCACACCAUCAUCAGGAGGGCUAUGAGCAAAUCCAGAAGGUUGAUAAAGCCAUGGGAAAUGCUGCAAAAAAACAGGCUAUGUGGCGGGCUACUACUGGCGACCUUGCACAACCACUUCUUAAGGAUCAAAACCCUCAUCUUAUGAACUCCUUUAUGGAUCCACCUCCUUCUUAUCCACCGAAUGCCAUUGCACAUCAGUUGGCUGGGUACACACAAGCUGGCACCAAAUUUGGGCCAUGUGUAGUAAAGCCUGGCACACUAGCAUCAGCAGAACUUCAUUUUGCAGCAAAGUCACUUGCAAGAGAUGGGCAAUGUGAAACCUCUUUUGUGGAAAUGGAAGCAGGCAAGGAUAUCCUGAAAUGCAAGGAGGCAGAAUGCCAUGUGGAGCUCCUGCAUGAGCUCCAGCACAGCAAUAUGGAGGGUUAUGUGGUCACCUCUCAUGAAGCUGUCUGGUUCAAGAGGUUUCUAUCGGACCAGUCCCUGGUGGAAGUUAAAGACAACUUUGACUUCAACUGGACAGUCUACCUGAAUGAUCUGACAUUGCUGGCAACUGCAGAUGAACAGCUUAAUCAGCUUGAAUCUCACACAGAGGAGCAUAGACUCAUCCUAUCUAAAGAAGAACUUGCACAAGAACUCAAGGCUUUGAUUGUUGAGGGAGCAUUUGACAUGAUUGGGCUCUCUAGACUAAAUCCUCGGCACCCAUCAUAUGAGCCCGAUAAAUUUGUCCCAUCUUCAUUAUUAGCCAAAUCAUCUCCUGUAACUGCCAACAUGCACGAUGCCCAAGGACCUGAUCCACCUGCUUCAUUUGCUGAACCUCCUCAUCCCUUUCCCAAUAUGACCAUUCAUCAUCUUAUGACAUGGAUGAACACUGGCAGCCAUCAGAAGUCCCAGACCAAAGUAAUGCACCUCAUCAGGGAAGUGAUUCAAGCUGAGGAUUUUGACAUCAAAGACCUGGAUGGGUUUUCUGGAACUGUUGGUUUUCCUGACAAUUGGGUCGAGACAGAAGUCAACUUGGACAUUCCUACAAAGUCCAAAGAUGACCAGUCUGUAUUGUUUAGGGUUCCAGGAUUUCACUACUGGCUGCUUGUAGCUGUUAUUCACUCCACAUUCACCAACACUCAAGCUAACGCCUUUCAUCUACUUCCUUUCAAGCAUUUGUGGAAGGAUCCACUGGAUGGCCAUGAAGAGCACAUUUUCGAUGAGCUCUACACCUCCGACUUCUGGAUAGAGGCUCAGGACAAUCUGCAGAGGCAGCCAAAAGAACCUGGCUGCUCACUUGAACAUGUUAUCACCAGGCUCAUGUUCUUUUCUGAUGCAACUCACCUUGCAAACUUUGGAACAGCUAAGGCUUGGCCCCUUUACUUGUACUUUGGAAAUUUGAGCAAGUACACCUGCUCAGCACCCAGCUCUGGCACAUGUCACCUUGUAGGAUUUUUACCUUCUCUUCCAGAUAGAAUAAAGGAUGUUUUUAGCAGCCUGCCUCGCAUGUCUAAGAGCAGCAUGGCAGCCCUUCACACACAUUGUCAAUGA